UUCAUCGUGAUACGUUGGAUUACAACAAGGAUUACAAACGUGUGCAUUCUUUUUCGAACAAUUAAAAUUUAUAAUAAAAUAAAGUUUAUAUAGUGCGCCCAACUUGAUCAGAACGUUUAUUUCAACCCCAACUAAUUGUGCAACAUAAGUGAUAUUAUGAAGCUCCGACUUAUUGCGCUGCUGAGCCUACUGCUCAGCUCAGCACUGGCAGAACCCUCGCCGACCAUAGCACCAGCGAUUGUGCCGUGCGUGCAUGCGAACGGCGCCGCUGGCUACUCGUAUGCGCCACCAGCCGAAGUCAAGUUCUCCAUAUCGCCUGGCGUGACAAAGUACAGCCAGUCGCCGGCCAUUUCCAGCUACUCGGAGAAUGGCAAACUGUUGCACUCAUCCGUUGGCAGCGGGGCUGCUUCGUACGAAUCCAGCGCGGGUCUUUCGGGUUAUUCGCACGGUGGUGUAACCCAGAUAGACAAGUAUGUGGCGCCUAUACAGAAGUCGCUAUUUACACCCUCGGCGUCAUAUGGUGGGCCUGGCAUCACCUAUGCCGAUAAGUCACCAGCUGCUAAAUAUGCAACUGUGGUGCCAUCGGGCAUUGAGCUUAAGAAUUUGGUUUCGCCGACCUUAACCAAGACAUUGCUGACUGCUCCCAAGCUGGACAGUGGCUAUCUGCCGCCGUCGCCGGCCUUGACCAAGGUGUCUACAUAUUCGUCGCCCGGCUACACCUACAGUCAAUCAACUCCAGGCAUUUCCAAGCUGGCCACUUAUACGGCGCCCUCCGCUUCCAGUUCGGGCUACUAUGCGCCACAGGUGACCACCAAAGUGGAGACCUACACCUCACCGGGUUAUACGUACUCGAAGGCGACGCCAGGCUUCUCCAAAGUGGAAACCUACAGCUCACCGGGUUACAGCUACGCACAGGCGGCACCAGGUCUUGCUAAGAUAGCCACCUACUCGCCCUCGGUAGCCUAUAGCGCGCCUGCUAUUGCCAAGGUAGCCAGCUAUGCAGCGCCUGCUCCUGCACUGAAGCUGGCUACUACAUCCUCGCUGCUGUCCUCACACGGCACGGGCUACGGAGCCAGUUAUGCGCCAGCGCUUUCCAAGACUUAUUUGCCGGCAUCGCCCGCAAUUGCUACGCAAUAUAUAUCCUCACCUGCCAAGUUGGCCUCUUAUAGUGCUCCUGCCAUAUCCAGCUAUUCAGCUGCUCCUGCCAUCACCAAGUUAAGCUCUAGCUAUGGCACUAGUGGCUCUGGCGCUAUAUCCCAUCAAUAUGUUUCCAAACCAGCCGUGGCUACCUAUGCAGCUGCUCCAGCUGUAACCAAGAUAUCCGGCUAUGCUGCUCCUGCUAUCAGCACUUAUUCCUCAGCUCCUGCCCUCACUAAGAUAGCCAGCUAUGCGGCGCCGUCAAUCUCUACGUAUUCCUCAGCCCCUUCACUUGCCAAGGUUGCAACUUACAGCCAAGCUGCAGACGUUUCGCAUCAAUAUAUUUCCAGGCCCAUUGUUGCUGCUUAUCCCGCAGCAGCUCCAGCGAUUGCUAAGGUGGCCACCUAUGCAGCACCUGCUGUGGCCACCUAUUCCGCUGCACCCGCCGCAAGCUAUGCCAGCUCUGGACAUGGCGCCAUCUCUCACCAGUAUGUCUCCAAGCCUGCUGUGGCUACCUAUGCAGCUGCUCCGGCGAUUGCCAAAGUGGCCAGUUAUGCAGCACCCGCCAUAUCCUCCUACUCCGGUGCUCCAGCCAUCACCCAAGUUUCCUCAAGCUAUGGCAGCUCUGGACAUGGCGCUGUCUCCCAUCAGUAUGUCUCGAAGCCCGCUGUGGCUACAAUUUCUGCUGCUCCAGCGAUUGCCAAGGUGGCCAGCUAUGCAGCACCCGCCAUAUCCUCCUAUUCCGGUGCUCCAGCCAUCACUCAAGUUUCUUCAAGCUAUGGCAGCUCUGGACAUGGCGCUAUCUCUCACCAGUAUGUCUCCAAGCCCGCUGUGGCUACCUAUGCAGCUGCUCCGGCGAUUGCCAAAGUGGCCAGCUAUGCAGCACCCGGCAUAUCCUCCUACUCUGCUGCUCCAGCCGUCGCUCAAGUUUCCUCAAGCUAUGGCAGCUCUGGACAUGGCGCUGUCUCCCAUCAAUAUGUCUCUAAGCCCGCUGUGGCUACAAUUUCUGCUGGUCCAGCGAUUGCCAAGCUCGCCAGCUAUGGGGCACCAGCAGUGGCCACGUAUUCCACGGGCCCAGCACUCUCAAAGAUUGCCAGCUAUGCAGCACCCGCCAUAUCCACCUACUCAGCUGCUCCUACUAUCACCAAAGUAGCUACCAGUUAUGGCAGCUCAGGUCAUGGCGCAGUCUCCCAUCAGUAUGUCUCCAAGCCCGCAGUGGCCACAUAUGCAGCAGCUCCUGCUGUUACCAAGAUUACAAGCUAUGCUGCUCCCGCUGUAGCUAGUUACUCCACUGGGCCAGCCGGCACCAAGAUAGCCAGCUAUGGCGGCCCUACCAUCGGUUCAGUGCACUCCAGCGGUGCCGUCUCGCAUCAGUACGUUUCCAAACCCGCUACAGUGUAUGGCUCUGCUCCUGCUAUUGGCAAGAUUGCAAGCUAUGCUGCGCCUGCGUACUCGACGGGCCCAGGUAUUGCGAAGAUCGCUUCCUAUGCCGCUCCAGCCAUAUCCACAUAUUCCGCUGCUCCCACCAUUACCAAAUUGGCCACAAAUUAUGGUAGUUCCGGACACGGUGCCGUCUCGCAUCAAUAUGUCUCCAAGCCCGCAGUGGCUACCUAUGCAGCUGCUCCGGCUGUUGCCAAGAUUGCUAGCUAUGCUGCUCCUGCUAUCAGCACCUACUCUACAUCUCCGGCAUUUGGUAAAGUGGCAAGCUAUAGCCAAGCUGCUGACGUCUCCCAUCAAUACAUAUCCAAGCCCAUCGUUGCCGCAUAUCCUGCCCCAGCUCCAGCGAUUGCUAAAGUGGCCACCUAUGCAGCACCAACUGUGGCCACCUACUCCGCUGCGCCCGCCACAAGCUAUGGCAGCUCUGGACAUGGCGCCAUCUCCCACCAGUAUGUCUCCAAGCCGGCUGUGGCUACAAUCUCCGCUGCUCCAGCAAUUUCCAAGGUGUCCACCUAUGGUGCUCCCGCUUUAACUACCUACUCCGCUGCUCCUGCCAUCACUAAGGUGGCCACCAGCUACGGUGGUUCUGCACAUGGUGCUGUUUCCCAUCAGUAUGUCUCCAAGCCCGCUGUGGCCACAAUUUCUGCUGGUCCAGCGAUUGCCAAGGUGGCCAGUUAUGCGGCACCAGCUCUCGCUACGUAUUCCACGGGUCCAGCACUCUCAAAGAUUGCCAGCUAUGGAGCACCCGCCAUAUCCACCUACUCAGCCGCUCCUGCCAUCACCAAAGUAGCUACCAGUUAUGGCAGCUCUGGACAUGGCGCCAUCUCCCACCAGUAUGUCUCCAAGCCCGCUGUGGCUACGUAUGCAGCAGCUCCUGCUGUUACCAAGAUUGCAAGCUAUGGUACUCCUGCUUUAGCCAGCUAUGGAGCCACGCUCUCCAAGACCUAUUUGCCGGCUGCGCCUGCUGUUGUCGCUUCUCCGGCCAUUGCCAGCUAUGCAGCCCAGCCAGUCGUUACAAAAGUGGCCGCUAGCUAUGGUGGAUCAGGCCAUGGUGCUGUGUCCCAUCAAUAUGUGUCCAAGCCAGCGAUUGGCGGCAUCGCAUCUGGUCCAGCUUUUGCGAAGGUGGCCACUUACUCGGCUCCGGCCGUGAGCCACAUUGCCGCAGCGCCAGCAAUUGGCUUAGGAUAUGCAAGCACUGGACACGGCAUCACCAAAGUGGCCACCACUUAUGGCAGCUCAAGUCAUGGCGCUGUCUCCCAUCAGUAUGUGUCCAAGCCAGCGAUAGCCACUGUUUCCGGAGCUCCAGCAAUUGGUAGCUAUAGUCACGGUUAUUCCGACUCCAAGUUGGGAUUGGGCCUGGGCCUGGGCCUGGGCUAUGGCUCCACUGGACAUGGCACUCUCUCCACUCAAUACUUGUCCAAGCCUGCAGGCGGUACAUUGCUGACCAAGCUGACUACAGCACCAGCAACUGGUCACGGCUAUGCCAGCAGUACGGCCUAUGGAAUUAAUGCGGGUAAAUUAGCCUUGGGUUCGGCUGGCGCGCAUGAUGCCUCAUAUUAUGGCGCCAUUUCACUUGGUCAUGGCGCCGUCUCGCCUGCACUUACUUAUCACGGUGCUUUAGGCCAUGCUACUGGUGGUUUGGCACAUCUGGGGGUUCCACUCGCUGACUACAGCCAUGGUCCUGGCAUUGGUCCCUUUGGAGCUGGCUUCAAUCGCUAUGCGCCUAGCGUUUCAGCACUGAGCGCACAUGCUCCGCUAUCGCCCGCUGCCUAUUUAAAGUCCGCACCUGUGGCACAGCAUGCGCUGCUAAAGGUUUUGCCGGAGAAGCAUCUCGAGCAUUUUGAUGCGCACCCGCGCUACGCUUUUGAAUAUGCGGUAAAUGAUCCUCAUACGGGCGACAACAAGCAUCAGCGCGAGGAACGCGACGGCGAUGUGGUCAAGGGCGAGUACUCAUUGGUUGAGCCCGAUGGCAAUGUGCGCACCGUCAAAUACUACGCCGAUUGGGAGACGGGUUUCCAUGCCGAGGUCAUCAACAGUCGCGACCAGGGUAAAAUUGUGGCCAAGCGUCAGACAGCCGCCAAGUCGUGAGCGACCCUAACGGAUCAGUGACUUGUUUUGUUUGCCAGCAACUGUAAAUAGCCUACGAUUCAAUUUUCUUCUCAUUAAACAUUAAACGUAUUUAUGUAAAUCCCACGACAACAACAACAACAACAGCAACCACAAGCAACAAGAGAGCCGCCAUCUUGCACCAGCACGUACCCGUUAUCGUUACUCAUUAUAUCUAUCUCUUUUUUGCUCAUGUGAUAAGCGUUUCCAAUUGGACUGCUUGAACUGCUCUCUUUCUCAUUAAACUGCGCGUUUCCACAGAUGUGUAUAUGCAUACUUAUGUCUAUACGUGUAUAUAUUGUGUAAAUUGUAAAUUGUUAAUUGAAUAAACGACAUUUAAGAACGCUACAGUCGAGCGCUCGACAUUGA